AGAACAACCAAGUUCUGUAGGAGGGAAGAUGGUAAGAUUGCUAUAAGAGAAUCAUCAGUUACAGGAACUACAUCCUAUAGCCACCAUGCAAUGGCUCUUCCUACAAAUACUUCAAAGCCCACCACCAUAGUUAAGCAACCCCCUAUGAAAAGGGAGUCAACCAGGAAGUUCUUGCAUCAGAGGCCUAUUAGCAGGAAGGCAGUGGAAACUACAAAAAUUAUGCAAGAGACAAAGGUUGAAUGGACAAAGGAAAACUCAUUAACAGCCAAGGAGGCAGGCCUGACCAUGCCCCCACCUCCAUCAUGA